UCGGAAAUAAGAUGGAGAAGUACGAGCGGAUCCGAGUGGUGGGGAGAGGUGCCUUCGGGAUUGUGCACCUGUGCUUGCGCAAGGCUGACCAAAAGCUGGUGAUCAUCAAGCAGAUCCCAGUGGAACAGAUGACCAAGGAAGAACGGCAGGCAGCCCAGAAUGAAUGCCAGGUACUCAAGCUGCUCAACCACCCCAAUGUCAUUGAGUACUAUGAGAACUUCCUAGAGGACAAGGCCCUCAUGAUCGCCAUGGAAUAUGCACCAGGUGGCACCCUGGCUGAGUUCAUCCAAAAGCGCUGUAAUUCCCUGCUGGAGGAGGAGACCAUCCUGCACUUCUUCGUGCAGAUUCUGCUUGCACUGCAUCAUGUACACACCCACCUCAUCCUGCACCGGGAUCUCAAGACCCAGAAUAUCCUCCUUGACAAACACCGCAUGGUUGUCAAGAUCGGUGAUUUUGGCAUUUCCAAGAUCCUCAGCAGCAAGAGCAAAGCCUACACGGUGGUGGGUACUCCAUGCUACAUCUCCCCUGAGCUGUGUGAGGGCAAGCCCUACAACCAAAAGAGCGACAUCUGGGCCCUGGGUUGUGUCCUCUAUGAGCUGGCCAGCCUCAAAAGAGCCUUUGAGGCUGCGAACCUGCCAGCGCUGGUGCUAAAGAUCAUGAGUGGCACCUUUGCACCUAUCUCUGACCGGUACAGCCCUGAGCUACGUCAACUUGUCCUGAGUCUACUCAGCCUAGAGCCUGCACAGCGGCCACCGCUGAGCCACAUCAUGGCACAGCCCCUCUGCAUCCGGGCCCUCCUCAACCUCCACACUGAUGUGGGCAGUGUCCGCAUGCGCAGGCCUGUGCAGGGAUGGGAGGCAGUCGUGGGUGGUAGGGUGAGGGCACCCAGUGGCAGCACAGGAAGCCUGGGGCAGAGCACUUGGGGUGAAUCCUCUAUUCCUAAGAGUAGGAAUGCUGGGGAGGGUCCAUUUCCUGAGGCCCCCCAUCUGACCUGUUGUAGGUCGGAGAAGUCCCUGGCUACCGGACCUCCCAUAUCCCCUGGCAGCACAGGCAACAGGACCACCAGUGCCCGCUGCAGAGGCGUCCCCCGGGGACUUGUGAGGCCUGCCAUACCACCGCCUCUGUCCUCGGUGUAUGCCUGGGGUGGCGGGUUGGGCGCCCCCCUCCGGCUGCCUAUGCUCAACACAGAGGUGGUGCAGGUGGCAGCUGGGCGAACGCAGAAGGCCGGUGUCACGCGCUCUGGGCGCCUCAUCCUGUGGGAGGCCCCGCCCCUCGGUGCCGGUGGGGGCUCACUCCUCCCGGGGGCGGUGGAGCUGCCACAACCCCAGUUCAUCUCCCGUUUCCUGGAAGGCCAGUCCGGCGUGACCAUCAAGCACGUGGCCUGCGGGGACCUCUUCACUGCCUGUCUAACCGACCGAGGCAUCAUUAUGACUUUUGGCAGUGGCAGCAAUGGGUGCCUAGGCCACGGCAGCUUCACCGACAUCAGCCAGCCUACCAUUGUGGAGGCCCUGCUGGGCUAUGAGAUGGUACAGGUGGCCUGUGGGGCCUCUCAUGUGUUGGCCCUGUCCACUGAGCGAGAACUGUUUGCCUGGGGCCGUGGAGAUGGUGGCAGGCUGGGACUAGGCACCAGGGAAUCCCACAGCUGCCCUCAGCAAGUGCCCAUGCCCCCAGGACAGGAAGCCCAGCGGGUUGUAUGUGGCAUUGACUCCUCCAUGAUCCUCACUGUGCCUGGCCGAGCCCUGGCCUGUGGAAGCAACAGGUUCAAUAAGCUGGGCCUGGACCACCUCUCCCUGGGGGAGGAGCCUGCCCACCACCAGCAAAUGGAGGAGGCCUUGAGCUUCACACCACUAGGCUCUGCACCCCUGGACCACGUGGCCCUGCUAAGUGUGGACCUGGGUACUGCUCAUUCAGCUGUUGUUACUGUCUCUGGUGACUGCUACACAUUUGGCAGCAAUCAGCAUGGGCAGUUAGGCACCAAUGCUCGCCGGGGCAGCCGGGCACCCUGUCAGGUCCAAGGCCUUGAGGGUAUCAAGAUGGCAAUGGUGGCCUGUGGGGAUGCCUUCACUGUAGCCAUCGGAACAGAAGGUGAAGUGUACUCUUGGGGCAAAGGGGCUCGAGGCCGACUGGGAAGGAGGGAUGAAGAUGCUGGACUCCCCCGGCCAGUACAGCUAGAUGAGACACAUCCUUACACAGUGACUUCUGUGUCCUGUUGCCAUGGAAACACUCUGCUGGCUAUUCGCCCGCUCACAGAUGAGCCAGUCCCCCCAUGAGGCAUCUGGAUACACCUCUGGACCACCCUGAUAUUGCUUCUCCUCUGAAUGUUCUGAAAAGUGCAGGUGCCUGAGGCAGCUCCCCGGAUUGUGUCAUCAAUGGGGUAUAAGGGCCAGUGAAACCCCUGCUCAGCUUUUGACUCUGGAUAUGGAAACCUCAACCCACUCUGUUCCACUAACACCCUUUUUCCUUUCCUACUCCUUCCCUUAAGUCAGUGUCCCCAGGGUCCAGCCUGGCUAAAGUUGAAAGCUACACCUAGCCUUUGCUAACAGGAUGGUCUUCAGAGCCUUGUUAAAAAAAGGCUGAAAGCAGCCGCGGCUCCACCUAGAGACUGCCCUUUCCCCCAGCCCAGUUAGGAAAUAAGUCUGACCACCACCAAGAGAUGGCUCCCAGCUUUGGAGCAGGGCAAGCCAGGACCUGCCUGGAAUGGCCAUUAAGCCCGCCUAAUUUCUGUACAGCCUGAGGCAGGGAGGUCCCAGGGAGCUCUGCCACGGCCCCACCCCUUUACCCGAAGGCAGAGACUUGCACUACGUUUUUUAGCAUUCCUUCUCCUGAAAGAGUGCAGGGGCCAUUGAGUCUCUACAGCAGAGAGGACUCGGGCUGAAAGUUGCUCCUUACCCCAUGCUUUUCCCUAUAAGCAGGUUGGGGGGAAAUGUAUCUGGUUGGACCAGACCAGUUUCCCAGAGGACUGGCAGUAACGCCAAUAAAAAUAUCAGCUGCCUGC